UGUAGAAACUUUAGCAUAUAUGCAGGAGAUUAGAAUAUUCAUAGGAUCAUUGUUUAUACAGGCUGUAAUCUGAAAAUAACCCACAUGUCCACAGACAAGAAAAUAAAUGAAUAAAUGGUGGAAUAGAGGCACAAUGGGAUAUUUUGCAGCAGUGAAAAUGAAAGAACUAUGGCUACAUGUAAUCUAGAUUCUCUUAGUGACAUAAUGUUAAGUUUAAAAAGCAAAUGACAGAAUACUACAUAGAAUAUGGUACAACUUUCUAUACUACCCAAACACAAACAGAACUAAGCAGAGUUGUUUCAGGGCACAUACAUGCGGUAACAAAACUUAGAAAAUGGGAGGGUCCAAUGAUUAACACAAAAUUCAAGAUAAUUAAAAAAAAAAAUCUCUGAGUAGGGAAUGAGGGGAUGGGAGGGAAAGGACUCCCUGAGGAGAUGCAAUAGGCUCUGGUAAAACUGUACUUCACAAAUUAAGUUGUGUGUUCUUUAUAUUCUUUUGCAACAUUAUUAUUAAAAUAUUGUGAAAAUUUUAAACUUAAAUUACAAAAAGAAACUGGAAAGUGCCCCGUUUCCGGUGUACUAGCCAUAGAUGCCGCCCGCAAGGUGCUCUGGGUCAACACGCUCGUUGGGCGUGGCGUCCGAGGGAGCGGAGCCCCCAGCGUCGCUGCACGCAUGUGCCCUCCUGCCAGCCAAUCAGAGACGCUCCCGGACGAGGCGAGGUCGGCUUUUCUUCCGCGAGAAUUCUGACCUGCUUCGGAAUAGCUUCGAGGCUGUGAAGAGAAAACAUCGAAAAAUGGUGCCCUCAGGAAGAAAACAUACCGGGAAAUCUGGGAGGACAUUCAUGGAGGAUCAGGUUAUAAGAGCCUGUGACUUUGAGAAAGUAGAUAAAAAACAUCUGAUUGGUUCAGAGGAUGUCAUCGAAGGGAAGACUCCAGUACUUGAUAAACAUGGGAAGAAAAGGACUUCUGCAGGAAAAGUUGAAGACGUGGGGGGUGAAGUGCAGAAUAUGCUGGAAAGAUUUGGAGCUGAUAUUAACAAGGCUCUUCUUGCCAAGAGAAAAAGACUAGAAAUGUAUACCAAGGCUUCUCUCAAAACCAGUAACCAGAAAAUUGAAAACAUUUGGAAAACCCAACAAGAGCAAAGGCAGAAGCUUAACCAAGAAUAUUCUCAGCAGUUUCUGACUUUGUUCCAGCAGUGGGAUAUAGAUGUGCAGAAAGCUGAUGAACAAGAAGAAAAACUAACUAAUAUGUUUCGACAGCAACAGAAAGUUUUUCAACAGUCUAGAAUUGUUCAGAACCAGAGACUGAAAACAAUUAAACAAUUAUAUGAGCAGUUCAUAAAGAGUAUGGAGGACUUGGAGAAGAAUCACGAUUAUCUACUUACUGGUGCACAAAACGAACUUAGAAAAGAAAUGGCUAUGUUGCAAAAAAAAAUUAUGAUGGAAACGCAGCAGCAAGAGAUGGCAAAUGUUCGAAAGUCUCUUCAGUCCAUGUUAUUCUGAUGACUCUUUGAAGGAAUAACUUGAACCUAAGUAAUAUGAUACAAUUAUAACAUUAGCUAAGAGGCAUGUAAGUUUUUAGAGUGGUUGAAAAUUCUGGUUUAAAAUAUUACAUCAUAUUAAUCAUUAGCUUAAGUGCAAGACCCUUCUUCUUCACCUCCAAAUAAAAUAAUGAAGUUAUGUGAGUAGCAGCAAUUCCUAAAUUAUAUGUACCACUGUGCUUUCAGCUCUUUAAUACUAAUAGUGAUUUUUUCUAACAUUUGUCAAUUAACUCUUAGCAAUAAAUAUGAUUUAAUUUCAA